AUGGCGGAAACCAAACGAUUUGGAACUGUAGACUAUGUAAUUUUCAUUUUGACUCUAGUGGUAUCGGCAGCCAUUGGAAUAUUUUAUGCUUGGCGAGACAAAAAACGACAGAGCACUGACAAUUUUCUACUGGGAGGCAGAAAAAUGUCUAUCGUCCCCGUGACGCUGUCUCUAAUGGCCAGUUUUCUGUCCGCCGUGUUGGUGCUGGGAGUACCAACAGAAAUAUAUUACCAUGGAACCAUGUAUUGGCUGAUAUCGUUCUCAAACAUCGUUACAUUUCCGGUGGCUGUCCACGCGUUUUUACCAGUUUUUCAUAGGCUGGAAAUCACAAGUGCUUAUGAGUAUCUAGAACUAAGAUUCAGCAAAACUAUACGGACAAUGGGAUGCAUCGUCUUUCAAUUACAAAUGUUGCUUUACAUGGCUGUGGUACUGUAUGCUCCAGCUCUUGCACUCAAUCAAGUUAUGGGAUUCAGUAUGCUGGUUUCAAUUUUAAUUAUUGGACUGGUGUGCACAUUUUACACAGCUAUUGGAGGAUUAAAGGCCGUGAUGUGGACAGACGUCUUCCAGAUGACCAUUGUAUUUAUCGGACUUUUGGCAUUAGUAAUAAAAGUUACCAUAGAGGUUGGGGGAUUUGACUAUGUGUGGGAGACAGCCAAACGGGCGGGGAAACUCCAAGCAGAUAAUUUCAACACCAGUCCCUUUGAGCGGCACACUUUCUGGACAUUGGUCAUCGGUGGUUUUGUGACGUCAAUGACAAUCUACGGUAGUAACCAAGCCAUGAUUCAACGAUACCUUAGUAUGGAAAGUUGCAGAAGCGCACAAGUGGCGCUUUACUGGAACCUCCCAGCCAGUUUGAUCUUCACCACUUUGUUGGUAUACGUCGGUCUGAUCUUAUUUGCCCGAUAUGGAGACAAUGACCCAGUGGGGUGUGUCAUAGAAAGAAGGGAUCAGAUGAUACCAUGGCUUGUAAUGGAUGUCCUGGGUGACUAUGCUGGAUUUCCUGGACUAAUGGUGGCCUGUAUAUUCAGUGCAUCUUUAAGUACUGUGUCGUCUGGAGUGAAUGCCCUUGCCUUAACUUUUAUGACUGAUGUUCUCCGUCCGCUGUACAAAUUUUUCACUAAGACCGAUAUCAACGAAAAGCGGGCAACACUUUACUCUAAAAUAAUCGCUCUAAUAUACGGGUUCCUAACGAUCGGAUUGGCCUUUCUGUCAGAAAAGAUGGGACCUCUGAUCCUGCAAAUCGCCCUCAGUAUAUUUGGAAUGGUUGGAGGACCACUUCUGAGUGUUUUCGUAAUGGCGAUGUUUAUUCCUUGUAUCAAUUCAUGGGGCGCUGGUAGUGGUCUCCUGUGUAGCCUCGUCUUCACUUUCUGGCUCGCCAUUAGUGCAAUAGUUAAUAGACCUGCUGCACCGCCUCUCACGUGCCAUAACAAAAACGUCACUUCCUUUCUUAAUUCAUCGACUACUGCCAUCAUCAGCAGCUCAACAACUUCAUUUUUACAGACAGGAACCUCAACAACUUCACAACUGUCCGAGGUCUCCGGGGAUUCGCAUAAUGAGUUGUACAACAUAUCCUACUUGUGGUACAGUUCAUUGGCUGUGAUCGUGGGUGUGACAGUGGCAAUUAUCGUUAGUUUAAUAACAGGUGGAACAAGACGGAAUCCUGUUGACAAAAGAUUGUUGUCACCGCUUUAUCUCUAUUUAUCGUCAUUUGCAAUAUUAAAAGAUACCGAAAAGGAAGAAGAAAAAAUUGAGAAGAAGUCAGAUAUUGUCAGGAAUGGUGUUCAUUCGUUGAAUCAAACUAUUGAAGUGAACAUAAAGGAGGAUUCUUUAUAAGAAGUCCAGUGUUCAUUUGUCUGUUAUAUUAAAGCUUUACUUAUGUACUAAGAUCGAAUAAUUGUGAGAUGUAAUGUUUCAUAUGGC